AUGAAGCAGCUUCCCAGCAGGGCCCCCCCUUCCCAGCGGCUGCUUCCUGGGCCCCCGGGGCACUCCGGCACCUUCAGGCAGGCUGCGUCGGGCACGCUUGGAAGCUGGCCUGCCGGGACCUUCCACCCUGGGGCCUGUGUCAACCACUGGCCCUCCACAUCCCGGAAGCAUACGACCUCUGGGAAAGACAGCCCUGACCUUCAGUUUUCCAAGCACGGUGUUCCCCAAGAAUUCUGGGCUGGUGGCCUGGUGGCAGUGCUGGAGGUGGCCCCCAGCCCCUCCCCAUGGGGCACCCAGGAGGGUCCUGCCAGAAUGUGCAGCCUGUGGGUAGUCGGCUGGUGUGUCUGUCGUGGAGUUGGGGUGCGUGACCUGGUGCCCGUGCACGCGGGUGUGUGGUGUAAACAUGUAUGUGCUGUACAGAGAGAUGCGUGUGGAGAGAGCCGCACGCGAGUGCCACGCAGGAGAGGCGGAGCGGUUACCAGUGUUUUGUGUUUAUUUUUAAUCAAGACAUUUCCCCUGUUUUCCUAUAAAUUUGCUUCGUGUAAGCAAGUACAUAAGGACCCUCCUGUGGUGAAAUCCGGGUUCGAAUGAAUAUCUCAAGGCAGGAGAUGCAUCUAUUUUAAGAUGCUUUGGAGCAGACACCUUUAGCUGUUCCCAAUCCUUAGCAAUGCCUUAGCUGGGACGCAUAGCUAAUACUUUAGAGAGGAUGACAGAUCCAUAAAGAGAGUAAAGAGAAGAGAAAAUGUCUAAAGCAUCUGGAAAGGUAAAAAAAAAAAAAAAAUCUAUUUUUGUACAAAUGUAAUUUUAUCCCUCAUGUAUACUUGGAUAUGGCGGGGGGAGGGCUGGGACUGUUUUGUUUCUGCUUCUAGAGAUUGAGGUGAAAGCUUCGUGUGAGAAACGCCAGGACGGACGAUGGCAGAGGAGAGGGCUCCUGUGACGACGGCGAGGCUUGGGAGGAAACUGCCGCAAUAGGGGUGUCUUCCUUGGGGGCAGGAGGGUGGGCCUGAGGCUUUCAAGGGUUUUCUUCCCCUUUCGAGUAAUUUUUAAAGCCUCACUCUGUUGCGUCCUGUUGCCGGCCUUCCUGUGACUGUGACUGAAACGCUUCCCCGUACGAUUGUCUCUGAAACAUCGCGGCCGCAGGUGCCAGGGUUUGAUGGACAGUGACAUUAGAAUUGUCGAAAAGAAACACGCAAAGGAAGAAACGUGAGAGGAGAAACAAAAUAUGAGCGUUUAAAAUACAUCGCCAUUCAGUUCGUU